AUGAAGCUGUAUUAUUUCUCAUCAAUUCUAAUUCUAUUAUUCAUUCCCAAUUUUAGCUUUUUACGUUCUCCUAUUUCUGAAAAAGAGCUAGUAAUAUUCCGUUCUAAAUUAGUUUCUCGUCUUGAUCAAUGUACUCGAUGGAGAUCCGAACUUUCAAAAAAUAUUUCUCGGACACUGGAUCAUUUUUUGAUGAAUUCCAACUUUGAUGAAUUCCGGAAAGCUGCAAUAGACUUAGCAGUUGACAGAUAUCCAACAAGUGUGGAUUGUUUGGAUACAUGUUCUGAGGAUAUUGAAAAGUAUAAGGAAUACAUAAAAAUGGGAAUGACCACUAUCAAGAAUAGCCUCACAGAGCUAUUGGAUGAAGAGCAAAUCCAUCAACUUCAUAUGAUUCUGGACAAAACACAAAGAGUUGAUCUGAUUCAGAAAGGACUUCACCAACAUUUUCAUGGAAUUUCUGAAAAACGUCGUGAAGAACUUCUUUCUGAGUUUUUCGCUACCAAACCUUAUAGAGCUCGACGUUCGACAAUGAGUAGAACGAUUGCUCGCGAGCCAACUCCACUGUCACCAGAAAUGCUUUCCUGGCAAACUACACGUCAUAAAAAUGUGCUUCUGAAACUGAAAAAGGGGAAAAGCUCUCAAUGGGAUGCAAUGAAUGUUAUCGGAGAUCAAUACUAUCAUUUGAGAAGAUCGGUUAGAGUUUUAUAUGAUCCUCAAUUCAUGAAAUACUGUAAUGAGAGUCUUCUUGCAAUUAUUGGGAAUACCAGUUUCACUCAACUUGAAGAAAUGGUUCGAGAUAGUGAACAACUUGAGCACAUUUGGAAUAAAUAUCAACAGAUUAUCGGGUAUUUGAAAAAUGAAGAAGAUCAAUUGACAGCUGGUAAUUGGAUUUCUGUUAAAAUUUUUAAAUUCCUAUUCGAAAUUUCAGAGCAUUAUGGGCAGUUUUGUCGUAAAAUCUACCGCCUUCUACCAAUUGAACAAGCUGAUCUAAUGUCCUGGUUAAGUCCAUCUCAAAGGUUCAGGAUCGCCGAAAUGAUCCAGGAUCCAGAAGUUGAUGAUUCGCAAGUGUAUGAAAAGCUUUACGAGUUUUUCAAUAAAGCAAGUGGCGAUGCGAAAGACGAAGCGGACGAGGUCAUCACUCUUGGCUGUCGAAAAUUUAUCGCCCAUCAUUUGGGAGACCAAUUGGCCGAGGAUAUAGAGGAUUUGAGAGUGGCUGGAGGAGCCGGAAGUAGUCAUCACACGGCAGCUCUAUUGUUCUCGAAGCACUAUGAAAUCGCAGAGGCUGGAGAGUUGGCACAUCAGAAAAGAAUCGACGAAUCUCUGUCAAUCUGCAAACGAAUCUAUUUAGACUACGAUGGAAGUUGCUUCUGCAAUGGUCGUUCAAAUACUUGUGAUCCUAAAACUCAUGUCUGUCAGAACUGCACUGGAGGAACAAUUGGAUAUCAAUGUGAGAAAUGUCCGGAGGAUCUUCAACUAGACAAAUCUGGAGUUUGCUCAACUCCUUUGGAUGAAGAGUGUAAUUGCCACAAUCAUGCCACAGAAUGUAUGGAUGGAAUGUGUCAAAAUUGCCAGGGAAAUACAAUUGGAGAUCAGUGUGAACUUUGUGAUGUCGGAUAUUUCGGAGAUCCUACUAAAGAGAAAGAAUGCAAAAAAUGCCCAUGCCCGAAGAACGGAGAGUGCUCAUAUAACACAUUUUCCAAUAUAAUCGAAUGUAACGAUUGUCCAAAGGGACAUAUUGGAGAGAGAUGUGAGGAUAGUGAGAAAUCGUAUCAGCCAUACACAACAGAAGCUUCGACAAUUACCUUAGUAGACAAUCAAUUGUGA